AUUACGGUGAACAUAAUACAAGUACAGCGGUUUACACAAGUGACCUCAAAUUUAUACUGUAUGUUCUCGCUCCUGCUCCUCCCUCUUUGCCACCAAUCACUUUCCAUAGUUACUCUUAGGAGGGGACCUAGAUAUUUCAGUCUUUUCAGCCUUGAAAAGACCUCUAGGAAAAGGAAUGUCACCUCAAUUUGGCGCCUGACCUGCUCAUCCACGAUGCUCCGGAGUCCGGACACUAUUAAAGAGUGACAUCGCAUGGGGAAGGGCACAACCCAUCGGCCUGAACAAUUCCCUAAGAUGCUAUGGAGUGAAUCCCAAGGAGAGAGCCAUUAUCAAACUCACCGAUGCUUGACUUGAGUGCCCUUCAACACGACCACUUCCUCCUCCAACUCUGCAAUACACGAGAGGAUCUGGGCAGGCUGGAAAUUUGCGAUUCUUGGAGAGGUGAGGAAAUUACGUUGGAGUUCCGAGCUCGGAAGAAGGAGUCCGCAUCGGAGAAGAAUAGGCCUAGAGGUCUCCACGACGAGAAGGAAAAUGAGGUGUGGCUGAACAGUGAAAAUUCAGUAGAGCAUCCGAAGGACCGGUUAAAUAAAGCUAGGCAACCCUCCACACACAAAACGGGAACGGCGACGGACCAGGCGAUGAAGCUAGCAUGGGCAAAGAUACAGAGGAAGGUGAUGAAGACCGUGAUAGCGAGAGCCUUUCCAUAG